GACUGGGUUCUCGGCCUGUCCCAGGCGCCGAGUUCCGCUGAGGAGUCUUUCGCGGGACUGGGCUAGCGGGCCAGGCUCACCUAAAACCGCCCGCCGCGGACAGGGCACCCAGGGUCCCUCGCAGCCAGGCGUCCUGGCGCGGGUGCUGACUUCCGGGACUAGCGCACUCCCCAGGCGGAGGAACUUGGAGCCCGGCUGGGCACUGCCCAGGCCGGAAGGGCUGCCAGGCCUGGGGUUCAGGACCGGGAUGGUUCUGGGGCUGUCCACCAUGGAGCUGAAGGUGUGGGUGGAUGGCAUUCAGCGGGUGGUCUGUGGGGUCUCAGAGCAGACCACCUGCCAGGACGUGGUCAUUGCAUUAGCCCAAGCCAUAGGCCAGACAGGUCGCUUUGUACUUGUGCAGCGUCUUAAGGAGAAAGAACGUCAGCUAUUGCCACAAGAGUGUCCAGUGGAUGCCCAGGCCACUUGUGGGCAGCUUGCCAGUGAUGUCCAGUUUGUACUGAGGCGGACAGGGCCCAGCCUGGCUGGAAGGCCCUCUUCUGACAGCUGUCCGCCCCCAGAACGAUGUCCAGUUCGUGCCAGCCUGCCCCCCAAGCCUCGGGCAACACCAGACCAAAGGUCCCACAGAGCACUGACAUUUAGCCUGGGUUGUCCCAAGCUGGCCCCCAACCCUUCAUCUUCUGAGUCUCCAGCACCUGGGGCACCCAACCUAGGCUGCUGUGAAGAUAUACAGAGCAUGGAGCUCAGGGUACACAGGAAUGCAGAGGAGCUGGGCCAUGAGGCCUUCUGGGAGCAGGAGCUAAAGUGGGAAGAAGCCAGGGAACGAGAGGGGCAGGCACGUCUGCAGGCGCUGAGUGCAGCCACUGCAGAGCAUGCUGCCCAGCUGCAGGCCCUGGAUGCACAGGCCCGUGCCCUGGAGGCUGAGCUGCUGGUUGCUGAGGCCCCUGUGCACCCCUCUGCUACAUUGUCUGCCACUGAGCGCCUACGCCAAGACCUGGCUAUCCAGGAGCGGCAGAGUGUGGAGGUGCAGGGCAGCCUGGCCCUGGUGAGCCGGGCUCUGGAAGCAGCUGAAUGUGCACUACAGGCUCAGGCACAAGAGCUGGAGGAACUGAACCGGGAGUUGCGUCAGUGCAACCUGCAGCAGUUUAUCCAGCAGACGGGAGCUGCACUGCCCCUUCCUCCACAGCCAGAGAGAUCCCCCCCUGGCAUACAGGACCUCCUGCCUUCAUCUGGAGCAGACCCCCCUCAGGGAGCCCCCCAGAGCCCAGUCACAGUGCCCACCCUAAGUCUGGAGGGUAGUCACUACCGUGAGGCAGAGCUGGAGGUAGCAGCUUGUGCCCCAGACCUGUGCCGUGGAAGUGCCAUGGAAGACAAACGAGCCAGUGUAGUCAGACAAGCCUCAGGGACAACAGGAGUCUGAUCACGGAUUGUUUACUCGUGGAAGGGGAGGUUCUGGUGCCUGGAGUUUGUGCUUCAGGAGGCUAUGGGAGGGUUGCCCUCGCCCUUACCAAGUCUGACAAGCCCCCUGAAGAAGUGGAAGACAUAGCUUAAACUCAGCAGGCCCCAGAGGCCACUACUGCUAUUGGGGACGGGAGGUGCGUGGACAGUGGACUCAGCCUGUGGGUGGCUUGCUGCCUUCCUACCCUGACCAUGAACUUCAAUAAACUGCCCACAGUGGCUCAACUGUGUCUUGAUGCUGCAA